GUUGCGUUGCAAAAUUUCUUGUUUGUCUCGCUUGCUUUACUGCUCGCUUACUUUACUGUUCGCUUACUUUACUGUUCUGUGCUCACGUGUAAGCGCUGAACAGAAAGCGCGCUUACUUUGGUUCACGCGGAAAGUGCUGUUUGCCAUGGAGAAGGAAAUAACUGAAGAGGAUGAGAUGGAAUAUGUCCGUUCCGUCUUGAAAGAGCCACUCACAUACGAGAAUGUGCAGCAUGGAACAGUAUUUGAAAUUCAGCCUGAGCCAGCAAAUCAAGAGAAGGCCGAAGAAGAGCUAACUUUUGAACCUGCAAAAGUUAUGGAACAUUUGCGGCUUGACUUGCUGGAUGGAGGCGAAGGUGAAAUAGACCCAAACUCUGAAAUAACCCUUCCAUUUGAGAGGAUGGCUUUAUCUAUGCAGCCUCUCACAAAAGACCAAGGAGUCCUCAAGAAAGUAAUGCGGCCAGGUGCAGGUCCGGUGGUGCCACCAGGCAGUGGUGUAUGUUUCCACUAUAAUGCCUACCUGGAGAUGGCUGAUGAACCAUUCGAUUCCACCCGGCUACGGGGCCGUGCUUUUCGCUGCUUGCUGGAUGACAUGAUCAUACCUGGGCUCUCCCUAGCAGUGGCAACCAUGCGAAAGGGGGAGAUUGCACGAUUUCUUGUGGCGCCACAGUAUGCGUUUGGUCGUAUGGGCUGUCCACCACGCAUUCCAGCUAAUGCUACCAUCCUGUACGAAGUGGAGCUGCAGUUUAUAGUGAGUGCCAAGGAUGAACUUGAGCUGAAGAGCUUCAUGCAGGAUGGAGACGAGCGACGCAUGCCUUUCACCGAACUUCUCGAAAGGUGUAUUGCCAAAAGGCGAAUUGGCAACACCUUCUUUGAGCAGGGUGAACAUCACCACGCAAUCAGGAGCUACAUGUCUGCUAUAAGAGCCUUGGAAGAUGCACGGACAAGCAAUGAGGCGGAAGACAAUGAACGUUCUGGAGUGCUGCUCAUGCUUUACAACAAUGUCUCGCUGUGUUUCAUCAAGACAGGCAAAGCAGAGGCAGCUAUUACAUAUGGGAAGCGAGCACUGCUGAGCCAUCCUGACGAUGCUCGUGCUCUCUAUCGAGUUGGUGUAGGGCUCAAGAUGACUGGUGAAUUUGAUAGUGCUGCUAAAUACCUGCGGAAGGCUCUCCAAAAGCAACCGAAUUCUACACACGUUGCAGAACAGCUGCGCAACAUAGACUGUUUGAAGAGGCAGUUCUUCGCUAAAGAGAGUGACAUGUGCAGGAGAAUGUUUAAUAAUGGAAAAAGUGGUAUCGCAGAAGAGGAGGCAAAGCGUAUUGUUGCUAUGGAGAGGUCUGGUGUGACCCCAAAGAUGAAAAUCAGCAUACGUGAGCGCCUGGAGAAGUUCAAGCAAUCGCCAUCUAGUACUCCUAUAACCUUCACUGCUGGAUUCAGCGAUGCACAUUUUGAUUAUAUUCGUGCUGUUUCAAGAAGUUUGGGGCUAAGGUGUGAGGACUUGCCAGAGGAAGGUGUCAAAGUGUGGCACAUUGAAUAAGUUUCAAGCUCCAUUAUUUACUUAUGGUUUUGUCGCACAUCAGCCCUACUUUCUUUCUCCUUCAUUGCCUCAUAAGAAAGCUGGCUUUAUUUUAUGUUGUGUGUUAAUGUAAACAUGAAUCUUCUGUAGAGAGAUGAAUAAAGCUCUAUCUGUCAU